UAAUCAGACUAAACCAGCCUCACCUGCGUCCAGCUUCCCAGACAGCCAGGUGAUAAGGUCACCUGGCUGCAGUGAAUGGCUCUCCUCUGCACACAGAUACACCUUUCAGAGUUUGUGUUUUCAGCCUCAGCAUGACAACUGCUGUGAUCGUCUUUGGCCUGGCAUGGUUCUGCUGGGGAUUUAAAGGAGUGGCUGCAGACCAACUGGAGGCAGGUUUUAUUCAGUGGGAGUGUCGUGAUCGACACCUGUGGAUCCUGGUGGUCUCUGCUCAGGCGCCACGCCUGGAAGCUGUCGAUGGAAGCGAGGUCCAUCUGAUUGACAAGCAGCUGGCCUCGCGCUGUGGCUACACCAUCAGUUCCUUAAAGCCUGAGCCAUUCUACUCCUUCAGAGCCUCCUACUAUUCCUGCUUCACCCACAACCAGAACGACGAGGCGUUCGUGUUCAAAUUCAAUGUGAUGGUGAGUGACCGCAGUGGCAGGUGGAGCAGCCGGUCUGUUUCUGCGCUCUGUCCCGGUCUGGUUUGGACCCACAGAGAGAUCAUCUGUGAGGAAGACUACAUGGAGGUGAACGUGAACAGACAGUCCUCGUGUGGGAGCCAGGCGGGAGAGGCGGCACAGGUGUGGCAGGAAGCUCUCUUUCAGGCUCAGAAGACGGCUAGUUUUGCUUGGCAGCUGAUGUUCCUACAAGAGGAUGGACGAUUUCCCUCCAUGUCUCCCGUGGAGGCGCAGAGGUGGGGUUACAGCCUGACGGCCUCCACCCACAGGCUGGUACUUCGAGCUCCAUACAAACGCCCACAUGCUACACUUACAAAGGUGGACGGGGUCCCCAUUGAGGUUCUCAAGGUGUUCCUGUUCUUCAAACAGAAGCUUCUGGUGGUGAUGAUUGACAUGUCUAUAGCCUGCCCCGUCAAUUCUGCCAUGUUUGACGGCACCCGAUUACAGUGGGAUAUCCCCCAGAUUAUACCCCCUCUGGUUGGGGAUGGAGCAAAAUUUGAAAGUCAGAACUUCAGUCUGGGAGUGGAGGGCCAUCUGCUGGACAAGCCCACUGCUGCUGCCAGAGGACUGAGCCUGAUUCAACAAGGUGGACUGGUCAAACUUGGAGUUCCUUUUGGGGCAGAAGGUGGUUACACAAAGAGUAUCGUUCUGGAGAACCUGUACAAGGAGGCAUACAUGACGGAGCUCUUGUAUGAACAUGUCUUCUUGCUGGUGUUUGAAGAUGGCAGCAGCUUCCACACUAAACACAGAAUGUUGAAAGUGCUGGAAACGCCUCUGAUCUGUCGCGUGCCUUUCAUCCUCAACAAAACGAUCAGUGAGCAGCAGAUGUUCAGCAUCUACCUGGGAAACAUUCCUGCAGACGUCUUCUUGGAAGAAGUUCGGAUAAAUGGAAAGCAGCUGCUGGUGUCGGGGGAGCCGCGGCCGGGCCUGGGCAUCAGGCCUGUCGUGCACCUGAACGGAAGCCGUGGUUAUGAGCUUCAGCUGGCCUUUGAUGAUCCAGUUGUCCGCUGGACGAACAUGGGUGGAGGUGUGGUGCUGUACACCAUAGAUGCAAACUUCACACUUGCCGUGAUGCCACAAAGGCAGACCUACCACUACAACACUGUCAUCACAGCAAAGGUGCUGAAUGCAUUCCCUCCAGAAAUCACAGCUCAGUGUUUGGAAGGAGGAAUCUCCUUCAGUGUGGUGAGACCCACAAUCAGUCUCUGGGAAGUCGGCAUCGACCAGGAGCCGUUGACGGUGGAUCUGGUGGCACAAAGAGGGUAUCGCCUUUUGAACGACACUGUCCGAACAGUCCUCGAGGUCCCCAUCUUCUCUGUUGGAUACACUUAUGAAGAAAUCAACUUGUCAAACUUCUAUGCAACAUUCAAACUCCUUUUAAGAGACUCUAAAACGCUGGAGAUCCAAGCAUCAACCUCCAAACGCUGCCUCUUCAAAACCAGAGACAUGAUAGUCUGCUCGCCAGAUGGGACCAUGACAGUGGUGGCAACCCCAACCUCCACCUGGCCCUCAGUACAGCCUGAGAGGACCAGUCUGCUAGACCGCCACUGCAGGCCUAAACAGACCGACGCAAGCAGAGCUCUGUUUGAGUUUAAGCUGGACUCCUGUGGGACCAGAGCUGUGACAGGGGACUGGUAUGUGGUUUACGAGAAUGAGAUUCUACACGAUCGGCAACUAAUCGCAGACGGCCCAAACUUCAUCUCCAGGGAGCCUCAGUUCAAGGUAACGGUGAGGUGCUUCUACCCCCUCAGCUCCAUCAACAGAUUAUCUGUAGACCGGUUCUCAGAAGCUCCUGGAAUUGGAUCCAUCAAAGUCUUUCAGAGCCACAAAGACCCUCAGAACAAACAGUGUCCACAUCAGCCGAACUCCCCCCUGGACCAGUUUCCCCCUAACGUGGCGGCAGGUGAAAACGUGCCCCAGAGGAGCCUUACCCUUCAACCUGAGAAGAGUCACUCAAUUCCAGAACUGCUGAAUUCCAACCGGCUUGCCUCCACAAAUCCAUUAAAAUCUCUGGAAACUCAAACACAGCAGGUCCCAGAACUGAACAGGUUGCCAGACGGUAGAACACAGUGGGUACGUUUCAAGAUGCCGAACCAGAGUCCUGCGGGGCCAACUUGGGAAGGACCAAAUGAAAACUUGUCAAAGUUAUUUAGUGGGAUUUCUGACACUCUAGGCAGUGGAGAUCUAACGGGUUGGGGUCAGAAAACUCAGCCACUUGGCUCCCCAGGUUAUGACAUUAACACAGAAGGGCCAAUCCACCAGCCUGCAAGUUCACAUGAACUGCCUCAUGCUCCUGACCUCCACCCACUCCUACCACCACAGUACCACAUUGGAGAUAAGUUGCUUGUGCCCAGCAGAGACAAAACACAGGCCCCAAUUUCCUCCACAUACAAGGUCACUGACUGGUCCAAGAAAGUACUGGAGCCUCUUGGGACCCGAAUAACGACCCUGGUAAGCAGAGACGCCCAGGCCCCAAAUGGAGGUGAGAUGGAAAACAAGAACGUUCAGAGCAUAAGAGUCAAACCUCCAAGUAAAUUUAAAUAUUCAAGCCCAAAUCUCAACCAAAAACCUCUAGUCCAGAAAGUAAACCCUCAGACAGAAAACCUUCAUGCAUCAAGCAGACAGAUGAACCUCUGGACACCCCAACAGAUCUUCGACAACAGAAACUCAAACACAAGGGAGGACCAUGCCUUUCAGGGAUCAAAGGUCUCAUCACUGCAGGAACCAACUCUACACGGGAUCAAACCAGAUCCGUUGAAACCAGGCACUGGUCCAUCCCCAAAGCAUACAACACAGCAGAAGAAAUGGGUCCCAUCCUUGGUGGAAACGGGCCAAAAAAAAUGGGAGUUGUCUGAGGGAGGUGACCUUCAAAGUGCAGGGAUGCCUCAUGUUGGAUAUGGAGAUACGGGAAAUGUUCGAUCUGUGGUCCAGAAUCCAGAGAUGACUUCCAGGAUGCACCUCCACAGCUCUGCGCACCAGAUGGGGUUCAACACAAAAAACAUGAACUCCUCAGUCGCAUCCUGGUCGACUCUAGAAAACAGUUCAGAAGACUUGGACCAGAGGAGGUCAUUGAGCUGUGGAGGAGAGUCUGACCUGCGAGGGACUAGUGUCCAUCAAGGUCUUAUCAGACGAACAGGCAAAUGGAUCAGCUGAAGGUUGACUGCAAAUUAUUAAAGAUAAUUUUUUCCCCUCA